AUGUACGAGCAAAAAAGUUGUGUACCCUCGAAAAGAAACUAUCAUACUUACGAUAAAAGAAACAUCAAUCCAGAUGAAAUUACUACAGUUUAUAAACAUCCAGAUGUUACUUAUAUUUGUGAAUAUAUAAAAGACAAAUUCUAUUUUGCAACGUUAUACAACGGUCGAAAGGAUGUAAAAAGCACGUCUAAUAUCCAUUUCUUUACAAUCGACGACGAGCUAAUUUACAAUAACUUUUACUACGAUUUUGGCCCUUUAAACCUCGCUUGUUUAUACAAAUUGAAAACAUUGGAACUACUAUCGGAUCGUAAUACUGUUAAUAAUAUUUUUUACAGAUACUGCUGCAAAGUAAGUAAGAAGCUCGAGAGCCCAGGAAAUGAGCAUAGACAAAUCGUGCACUAUACAUCACAACGAGAUCACAAAAGGGCAAAUUCCGCAUAUCUGGUUGCCUCUUACGCGGUAUUAUACCUGAACAAAAGUCCAAGAGAAGCUUACAACAUUCUUUUUAUGGGAGGUGAAAUUCCUAUAAAGCCAUUUCGAGAUGCUUCUAUGGGAUCAGAAAUUUAUAGUAUCCAUUUAAUAGAUUGCUUGAACGCGCUUAAAAAAGCAGUUUCUUUCGGCUUUUUUAAUUUUUGCGACUUUGAUGUGGUUGAAUAUGAAAAGUAUGAGGACAUGAGAAACGGUGCCUUAAAUUGGAUGGUACCACAAAAGUUCCUGGCUUUCGUUGGUCCAAGUACGGAACCAGGCACACCUUAUCAUCCACCUGAGUGCUACAUUGAUUACUUUUUAAAGAACGAAGUCACAGCCGUGGUCAGAUUGAAUAAGAAAGCAUACAGUGCAUCGAGAUUCACCGAUGUAGGGAUCACGCAUUACGAUAUGUUCAUGCCAGACGGCACGGUACCACCGAGAAGAAUACUGAAUGAAUUUUUGCAACUAAGCGAAAAUACCAGCGGUCCGAUAGCAGUUCAUUGCAAAGCUGGAUUAGGAAGGACAGGUUCAUUAAUUGCCGCAUAUUUAGUAAAGCAUUAUAAAAUGGCGGCAAGAGAAGCUAUUGCCUGGAUAAGGAUUUGCAGACCUGGUUCCGUUAUUGGACAUCAACAAGCCUGGUUAGAAAAUAUAGAGAAAAAUUUGUUGAACGCUGGUCAACAAUAUAAAUUGAAGUAUUAUGGCGAUGGAGAUGUAAUAUUGCACCAUAAACGCGGAAUAUAUUCGAUCGCGGACAAAUUGGAAAAGAAAAUACACUACACGCUUGAUGGAGGGCGCACAGUAAAUCUUUGGUCUUCUGGCAUAGGUCUACUGACCUUGAAAAACUAA